AUGCCAUCAUCCUUCACCUUUAUUUCCCAUUUGCUCCUCCACCAACCAACUUCUCUUCUCUUCUCUUCUAGCAGAACCAGUCAAAACCACAACCAAGUGCUUUCUCGCAAAACCCAGUUGGUGAAUCUGAUUUUCUACAAAAGGGUUUUGAAUUUUGGUAAUGAGAUAAUGAGGGGUCAUGGAAGAUGGAUUCCAGAUGAAAGUUACCCUUUGUACAAUGCCUCACAAUGUCCAUUUGCAGAAAGUGGAUUUAAUUGCUUGGCUAAUGGGCGGAAAGAUAAGGGUUAUGCUAAAUGGAGGUGGAAGCCAAGGAAUUGUGAUAUUCCUAGAUUUGAUGUGCGUGCAGUUCUUGAAACACUUCGUGGGAAACGGAUUGUUUUUGUUGGUGACUCUUUAGGUAGAACACAGUGGGAAUCUUUGAUAUGUUUACUCAUGACAGGGGUGGAGGAUAAGAAGAGUGUUUAUGAAGUGAAUGGGAAUAAAAUCACUAAGCGGAUUAGAUUUUUAGCCGUACGGUUUAGUUCGUUUGAUCUCAGAAUUGACUUUUAUCGGUCAGUUUUCCUAGUGCAGCCAGCUUCAGCUCCAAACCGAGCACCAAAGAGGGUUAAGUCAACGCUCAGAGUUGACAAAUUGGAUGAAAUUAGCAAAGAAUGGAUUGAUUCUGAUAUUUUGAUUUUCAAUUCAGGGCACUGGUGGACACCAAGUAAACUUUUUGAAAUGGGCUGCUAUUUUCAAGAGGGUAAAUCACUGAAGCUUGGAAUGCCAAUCACCACUGCCUUCAAGACAGCUUUAAACACUUGGGCAUCUUGGGCCGAGACAAUGAUCAAUACAAACAGAACAAGUGUAUUUUUCAGGAGUUUUGAGACAUCCCAUUGGAGUGGCCGUAACCAUAAUUCAUGCAAAGUGACUCAACAUCCUUUGUCAAGCUCUAAGGGAAGGGAUCAAAGCUCAAUUUCAAACAUCAUUAUAAAGAUUGUGAGGAAAAUGACCGUCCCUGUAACUGUUCUGCAUGUUACACCCAUGGUAGCAUUCCGGAGUGAUGGCCAUGUGGGUACUUGGAGCGAUAAUCCGUCAGUUCCUGAUUGUAGCCAUUGGUGCCUACCUGGUGUACCUGAUAUGUGGAAUGAAAUUCUCUUGUCAUAUCUGCUACCCGGGAAUGAUGUUUCCCUUCAAUGA